AUGGUGGUCUUUUCGACUCUCUCGGGCCUCAGUGCCCUUCCGGUUUUGUUUUUCCUAGUUCAAUAUGCGCAUGGUGUAUCUCUGGAAAUCUCCACAGAGGGAGGAAACUCAUCUAGCCCUCUUCUGUAUGGCUUCAUGUUCGAAGAUAUCAACCACUCCGGCGACGGAGGUGUUCAUGGACAAUUGCUGCAGAACAAUGGUCUCCAGGGAAGCAACCCUGAUCUGACUGCGUGGACUGCCGUCGGCGACGCCACCAUUGCUGUUGACGCGCUGAAUCCCCUGACAGAGGCGAUCCCGCACAGUUUGAAGCUUGACGUGAAAGAAGGUGCCUCUGGUGCAGUCGGAUUAAUCAACGAAGGAUACUGGGGUGUCCCGGUGGAUGGAAGCGAAUACUUGAACACUUUCUGGGUCAAGGGUGACUUCUCCGGUGAUAUCACGGUUCGGCUUGUGGGUAAAAACACCGGGGCUGAGUAUGGCUCGACGAAAUUCUCGCAAUCUUCCAAUUCGGGUAAUUUUACCAAGGUAUCGGCCAAGAUUCCGACCAAAAAGGCUCCUGAUGGCGCUGUUGUCUAUGAGCUCACGGUUGACGGAGCAGCGGUCGGUGGCUCCUCGUUGAACUUCGGACUUUUUGAGCUUUUCCCUCAGACCUAUAAGUCAAGGUCUAAUGGUCUUAAGCCACAAGUGGCUCAGCCCUUGGAAGACAUGAAGGGAUCUUUCCUGCGAUUCCCUGGAGGUAACAAUCUUGAGGGUGCAAGUGAGUCCCGAAGGUGGAAGUGGAAUGAAACUAUCGGCCCCUUGGAAGACCGUCCUGGACGCCAAGGGGACUGGAGUUAUUAUAACACCAACGGUUUGGGCCUUGAUGAGUAUUUCUACUGGUGCGAGGAUAUGGGACUGGCCCCUGUCCUUGGUGUCUGGGCAGGCUUUGCUCUUGACUCCGGCGGCAACACACCCAUUAUAGGUGAUUCCCUGAAGCCUUACAUUGAUGAUAUCUUGAAUGAGCUUGAAUAUAUCCUCGGUGAUUCGAGCACAAGAUAUGGCUCGCUGCGUGCCUCACACGGGCGCAAGGAACCUUGGAAGCUUACUAUGGUCGAGAUUGGCAAUGAGGAUAUGCUGGGGGGCGGCUGUGCAUCUUACGCGGCGCGCUUUACCGCAUUCUACGAUGCAAUUCAUGCUGCUUAUCCAGACCUUACGAUCAUCGCUAGCACUGACCAGUCCAACUGUCUGCCCAGUAAGCUGCCUGAGGGCAUCUGGGUAGACUAUCACAACUAUAACUCUGCCGACAAUCUUGUGAAGCAGUUCAAUCAAUUUGAUAACCACGAUCGCUCUGUCCCGUACUUCAUCGGCGAGUAUUCCUGCCAGCAGAACAACGACUGGCCCUUCAUGCAGGGCUCCGUUGCUGAGGCCGUGUACAUGAUUGGCAUCGAGAGAAACAGUGAUCUGGUCAAGAUGGCGGCAUAUGCCCCCCUUCUGCAGCUGGUGAACUCUACGCAAUGGAGGCCGAAUCUCAUUGCCUUCACGCAGAGCCCUGACGUGGUCAUCGAGACUACCAGCUACUACGUGCAGCAGAUGUUCUCUGUCAACCGCGGAGAUACUAUCCGGAAGGUGACUUCUGAUUCUGCUUUCGGACCCGUUUACUGGGUUGCAUCAAGUACCGGAAACAAGUAUUACGUCAAGUUGGCCAACUAUGGCACUGACACCCAGCAGAUCACUGUGUCCAUUCCGAGGAAGACGACCGGCAAAUUGACGGUUCUUGCAGACAACGAUCCGAAGGCGUUCAACUCCGACACUCAGACUCUGGUGACCCCUAGUCAGUUGGAUAUAAAGGCGACGAAUGGGAAGUUUACUCUCACACUACCGGCGUGGUCGGUGGGUGUACUUGCUGCCGAUUGA